UGAGGAUGGAGGGAGACUGGGCCGGGAGGCUCUGUCGGACCGGGCCCGCCGGCCUCCGCGGGGCUGAGCGGAAGCGAGGACCGCGGUGGGGACAGUGCUUUUUCGUCCGUCCCGCCCCCUAGGACCACCUCCACUCCCCCCUGCUGUCCGGUGGCGGCUGUCUGGCCCGGGGCUGGUAGCCGGGCUUCCCGAGGCCGCCCUUUGAGGCCUCUAUCGCCUGACCCGGGGAAGAGGCUGUCUCCCCGCGGUCACAGCAGGCCCUUCUCAGCGCCCAGCUCUACUUUUCCACUGAGAAAAGAUCGCUUGGGAUUCCUGGAGUUUCCCGCCAGAGCAGGGUCCUCUCCAAGGGAGAGCCGUUUUCACCAAGGAAGUUCAGCUUUCAAUCCCACCUGCUUCACCUCUCUUCUUCCUGGAGACCUGAAUGAUACUUCUCGACUACUUCAGUGUCCCACGUAAACAAUUCUCCAACUCUUUUACCCUGUGGUAUUUCCCCGAGAUUGUGAUAUCGCUAGUGCCACCACCAGAGAGAAACGUCUGGACCCUUCUGCACAGGUUAUGAAACCCCCCUUAACUGCCACAGCUUUCUUACCUGGCUCAUCGCCUCUUGGUUUUUGUAUCUUUGCUAAAGUCAGUGAUGUGAAAAGACCUGAAAUGGAAAAAAUCAAGUGGAUUAAGAAGUUUUUAAUGGCUGAUGACACUGCCGACGGGGUGAAGAUGGAUGCUGGAGAAGUAACUUUAGUGAACCACAACUCCACCUUCAAAACCCAUCUCUUGCCACAGUCACAUUUUCCCAAGGACCAGCUUUCACUUUCUGACCAGCAGAUCCUGCCUUCUAGGCAGGGGACUUUGGACCGACCUUCCUCAUGUUCUACAAGAAGUGCAGCUUAUAAUCCAGAUUACUAUUCAGGAUUCUUUGUCAGCAAGAUGAGAUCUCCUCCCCUAAAAAGACAUAACCCCUCCUCAGACAGUUUCCUUGGCUCAGAUGACACAGGAAGCUUUGGUAAAAGUGCAAAUGGACAGUGGAGAAACUCCACUCCGGCAUCAGUCUCAACAUUACAAAAAUCCAGAAACAGCCGAAGUCUUUACCUCGAAACCCGGAAGACCUCAAGUGGAUUAUCAAACACCUUUACAGGAAAGUCAAAUCAUCACUGCCAUGUGUCUGCGUAUGAAAAGUCAUUUCCUAUUAAGCCUGUCCCAAGUCCAUCCUGGAGUGGUUCAUGUCGUCGAAGUAUUUUAAGCCCUAAGAAAAUUCAGAGGCGACAUUUCAGCACAGCUGAAGAGACAGUUCAAGAAGAAGAAAAAGAGAUCUACAGGCAGCUGUUGCAGAUGGUCACAGGGAAACAGUUCUCUGUAGCCAAGCCCACCACACAUUUUCCUUUGCACCUAUCUCGGUGUCUUAGUUCCAGUAAGAACUCUUUGAAAGACUCACUGUUAAGAAAUGGAAACUCUUGUGCAUCUCAUGCAGUCGGCUCUGAUUCUUCAUCCUCUGGAUCAGCCAGCAUUCUACCUACACGGGAACGGUUGUCCCAUGAUGCGCGUUCCCUGUCGUCCUGUACCCCAGAUGUUGCAUUUGGCUCCAAAGACUCUGAUCCAUACCAUCAGCCUCACCAUCACCUCUCUACUCCACAGCAGCCAGAUAACUUGCUGACACCAAACACACAAUCUGAAGGAUCAGACUCUGUGAUUUUACUCAAUGUGAAAGAAUCUCAAACUCCAGCUUCCAGUCCUACUUUCUUCCAGGCAGAGCUGUGGAUCAAAGAAUUAACUAGUGUUUAUGAUUCACGAGCCCGGGAAAGAUUGCGCCAGAUUGAAGAACAGAGAGCACUGGCACUGCAGCUUCAAAACCAGAGAUUGCAGGAGCAGGAACAUGCAGUACUUGAUUCCAUAGAACUGCACCUUCGUGUACCUCUUGAAAAGGAGAUUCCUGUCACAGUCGCCCAGGAAACGGGGAAAAAAAGUCAUGAGCUAACUGAUAGUGAAAACGAAUUUCCUGAAAUUACAGAGGAAAUGGAGAAAGAAAUAAAGAAUGUAUUUCGUAAUGGUAACCAGGAUGAAGUCCUCAGUGAAGCGUUCCGCUUGACCAUUACACGCAAAGAUAUUCAAACUCUAAACCAUCUGAACUGGCUCAAUGAUGAGAUCAUCAAUUUCUACAUGAAUAUGCUGAUGGAGCGCAGUAAAGAGAAGGGAUUUCCAAGUGUACAUGCGUUUAAUACCUUUUUCUUCACUAAGCUAAAAACAGCUGGUUAUCAGGCGGUGAAACGUUGGACAAAAAAAGUGGAUGUGUUUUCUGUUGACAUUCUUCUGGUGCCCAUUCACUUGGGUGUGCACUGGUGUCUAGCUGUCAUAGACUUUAGAAAGAAGAGUGUCACCUACUAUGAUUCUAUGGGUGGAAUAAACAAUGAAGCCUGCAGGAUCCUCCUGCAAUACCUAAAGCAAGAAAGUGUUGACAAGAAAAGGAAAGAGUUUGACACCAAUGGCUGGCAGCUCUUCAGCAAAAAGAGCCAGGAAAUUCCGCAGCAGAUGAAUGGAAGUGACUGUGGGAUGUUUGCUUGCAAAUAUGCUGACUGUAUUACCAAAGACAGACCAAUCAACUUCACACAGCAACACAUGCCGUAUUUCCGGAAGCGAAUGGUCUGGGAGAUCCUCCACCGGAAACUCUUGUGAAGAAUCUUGUGAAACUCUUGUCUCAGAGAGCAGACAUGAUAGUGUGGGGGACCAGCCCUUUGCCAUCUACAGCCAGAGACCUUGGAACAGCUGCUCCUCACCCUGUUCAUGUGCAGCCCUUGAUCCUGGACCAGCCCAGGCGAGAUGCACUCACAAGCACAUCUGCCUUUCCUUUUGUAUCUCAGAUACUAUUUUUGCAAAGAAACUUUGGUGCUGUGAAAGGGGUGAGGGACAUCCCUUAGCUGGAGAGAGACUGCUUUUCACCUCAGUUCUGCCGUCUUGUUUCCAAAGGGCUCCAGCCUCACUGAGUCCCUAAUUAGGAGCCCAAGGAAAACUUGGGAAGAAUCUUGGUUUCUUAUAAACUCUGGUUGCUAGGCCUUAUCAAGAAGUAGGAAAGAGCGUGGACAGCAAGUAGGGAUAAAAACCACCAGCACGUAGACAUCACAUGAUUCCCGAGAUGCAGAGUUAGGAAUGGGAGCAUAAACUGGACUUUGAGGCACAAGCCUAUGUACCCCCCUCCAGAACCCUUCCUAUUUAUAUGCCCUGAUGUGAAGCCCAACUGCUUGUCCUCAAAGCUGUUUUAUCACUGGUAGUAUCAUCCCAUUCUGAGCAUAGCGCACAAGCUCUGGCAGACCCUAAAGGCGCAAGCAGUCCUUUCCUUACAAGCAGGGGUUCGCAUGUGCUAGCGCAUGUGCUGUGGGAGGACCUACCCAGCAGUGCUGAGUGCAGCAACAGGGCCCCCACUUCACUGUUGCCUCCUUCUGACUAAGACGAAGGAAUACCAGAGUUGGUCUGUGGCUAGUUAGUUUAAAUAUGUUUCUAACCACAGAGAAUUUUAUAUACAUAUAUACCUAUCUGUAUGUGUGUAUGUACAUGCAUAUAUACACAUACACACAUGUGAAGUAUAUAUUUCAUAGGGAUGUGCUUUUAAAAGAAAAAAGACUGAAUGUGUUCACCAUUUAGUCUGUAGGUUUAUUUUCAUCUUUCAAAUUCCAGCAUACAGUGAUUCCCACCAACUGCUACGUAUCAGGUGUUUAUAGACUUCCUAAGAGUAUUUUAAGAUCUGAAUGAAUUUUGGCUUAAGAGUCAAGGUUAUCAAGGUAGACGGCAUUUUCAACUAAAAACGGGUGGAGUUUAGGUUGAUAAGCCUGAGAUUUGGAAACUGCUACUCCUUUUGUUCUUUCUAGCAUCUCUCCCACCCUCUGAGAGCGCCCAAGGUUUAGAUGGUGAGAUGAUCCUAUGCCAGUGUCCUUUUGUACUGACGUUCCAGAACUAGAGCAUUUUAUACUUUUUCUGUAUUGUAAUAGGUAGUUUUAUACAAAAAUCUUUUCUCCUCUUUCCCAUCCAUGUGCCCCAUCCUUCCCAGCAUUGUGCUUCUUCCUUGGGCUUAUUUGAAGAUUUUACUCUGUUUUAUACCAAGAUCGUUUAGUACAUUUUUCUAUGUUUACCACAGGUUACAAUCUGAAAAAAAAAAAAAAACUAUUUUUUUUUUUUAAUAUUCCAUUGUUAAACUGAGUGUUACCGUCUCCACUCCAGCCGCCAGUGCCCCCUCUCUUCCUUGGUCCCUGCAUGUUGGAGGAAGAGACCCCUUUGUACAUUUAUGUUUCCUUCUUGCUACUCCUCUCUUCCUUCUCCCCUCCCUUUUUCUUUUAUUUUUCCAUAGGAAAUAAAUAGCUUUCUGUAUAUGAGUCGCUGGGACCUUUCACACUCUCUUUUAGAAAACUGUGGUGGUAUGCAGUCUCACUGCAGGACUCCUGGAAUAUUGUCUGAUUCUUGGUACUUACUGUAGUUAAAGUGGCAGCUGACUUGGUGGCACCUUGGACUAGUCAUAAUAAGACAAGCUUUUCAGGCUUUUCUAUUAUCUGAGGCUCAUCAAAGAUCGUUUUCUCUGUUUAUUAUUUGUUCCUUUAGACAAUAUCUGUUUUAUCUCCUCAGAGACUUUUUGUGUGGACCAAAGCAACAAAUAUUCAUUGCCAUGUAUAGCAGAAUAUGAGACUUGCAACAAAAGCACUUUGUAAAAUAUAUAAGGAAUUCUUGAGCCUGUCUGAAGUCAGCUCCCUUUCUCCAAUGCAGUUUAAAUGUGUACCAGGUACAAGCUAGAGAUGCCAAGGCCACUGUCCAUCCCAGGACUAAUAGGAGUGGCCAGAUGUGACGGAGUGGCUUAGUGGGAAUCAUGUGCAGACCUGGAUAGUAAGCCAUUCUUGAGAGCUAGCCAGCAGAGCAGGGCGAGUACCUGGGAACGUCCUUAAUGCAAGAAUGAACUUUGCUGACCAAGACUGAAGAUGUUUCUGUAUUCUAUGGCUGAGGGUAUGCUACCAGUAUCUGUUUAGCCUGCUUUAAACGAAAUGUGCCUAUUGUUUCCCUUCCCUCUGUCUCUUCCCCUGGGUUCAGUGCCCAUAGCAAUCUUCCCUCCCCUACAAAAGGAAUAUUUGUAAUAAGCAUUACAUGGCAGUUACAGACUUUUCAACAAAAAACUCACAGUCCCAGCAGUCAUCCCCGGACUGUGUACAGAGGGAAUAAGACUUGUUUCUGCCUUUUUUUUUUUUUUUUGAACAUGUGAUAUGACAUGGAAUAUAAUUACAUCCAGUUGAUGACUUGAGAUCCACUGUGACUCCCAGGAGUCUUAUGUAGUGUUCAGUGUAUUUCUCCAUCAUACAGCCUAGAGACUUGCUGUCAGUUCCCUCUUCUAAACAUGAGGUGUACUUCCUUGUGGUAGCAGGUUCUAUUCUUCAGCCAGUGUGACCAUACUAGCCUCCUGUGCUCACUGUCCUCAGCACUGGCAGCUUUUUGUUUUAGUGUUUCAGGGGUAGAGCAGAUAACCUGGCAAAACCUUUCCACCCAUUCCUUCCCAAGGCUGCCCGUCUUCACCUGGUUUUACACGGCCUAUGGUACUAUCUCUAGUAGAAGAGAAGAGGGUUUGUUAAAGAGCUUCUUUAUUUUUAAACUCGUAACCUCUGAUCUCUCUGUGCCAUCCUCCAAGCUCUGAACAAUGUGAGAGUAAAAAGUGACUAGCACUUGGUUGUCUUGUUUUUCUUUGCUCUGCUUGCAUAGUUGAUGCUAGAUGGAGUACGAUGCUUUUGAGCUGGAGUUGAAGAUCAAUGUCAGUACUGGCUUGGUUGUAGAAUUAAGGCCUACAUCAGAACCUUGCCUAAAAAGAACAUACCUAGAUGCCGAUGCCGGCUUUUCUUCUUCUAAGCUGAGGAAUAGCCACCAGUUAUUUGAUGACUUCUAGGGAGGCAAGUGGAAGAGAGGUGCCCAAGAGCUUAGACUCCACUCUGCUCAGGCACCCUCAUUCAGUUGAAUCCUUUCUUAAGCACCUACUAAGUACAUGCGCCCAAUCUGAUCUUAAAGCCCUCCCUGGUCACACUAUCUUAAAAAUCUUUGUUUGGACAUCUGUAGCCCUAAUGAGGGAAUGGGAUAACUUCCCCGUUUGCCUUCAUGGAUGGACCAACACUUAGAGCUGUCAAGGCCAGGAAAAUGGGUUGAUGCUGUUUUUUCUAAUCAACAGUGCAGGCUUCUACAUUGUUGUGUGCCGAGGAUUUGGCAGGGCUCAAUCUCUGAAGCAUUAGUUUAGACUGAUAGUAUUGUAGGGGUGUGAGGGGGAUUGCUGAUUCAUUGUCACCUCCAGAGGGUUCCUGCAGAUCACAGACAGUGCUCCACGCGACAUCGAGAGGGGCACUGUCCUCAGUCCAGCAGGCUGUCAUUUGGGGGUCUUAGGCCCUUCAAGAGGGUUCCCAAGAGGCUUUUCAGAAUACUUUGAGUAGGUUUCUCCUCCAUCCUUUUAUUGACAGUGAUAUCCCUUGCACACUCAGAUGAUGGGUGCCUCUCUCUCUGCCUCACCCUCUAAAGGCACUGCCUUCCUGAAACACAGGGAAUCCCUGUCUAGGUAUCUCAAGGGUGAGGCCAGGCACUGGACUUACAAGCCCUGAAAUGGAGAGGAAAGAUGGUUUGACCAAGGAAAUAAAGGCCACCUUGUCCUCGGGGUCUUACAGUCUGUAAGUUUAUAGUUUGCCUGAAGGGAAGCUAAGCAAACACAAUACCUUGUCAUUAACAUAGUGAAGGAAGCUGAAGUGGAAGCAAGGACAGGGGUGGGGUGUGUCAGGGAUAUUGCCUUUUUCUGUGUAUGUCACUCCCUAGUUUUGUUUUGUUUUUAAUUGAUUAAUUUAAAAUAAAUUCUGUGGAUUUUG